CAACCAGUUGAAAUCUUCUAUUCGAACAGAGCGUUUAAGUGACGGUGUGACAGCGUCCGUCUAACGUCGUCGCUAAUAAACAAAAAAGCAACAGCAACAAAAAUCAUAAUAAUAGAAACAACAAGAAGUGAAAUUAUCUCCAUCAAAUGAUUAUCUCGUUUUAGAGAAUAAUUUAGCAGUUUUUUAAAUGAAGUUUUGUUGAGAAGAAAAAUUUCAAAAUUUUCGAAGCGCGUCGGUCUAAAACUGGAGAAGAAGAUAUCGGAAUUUGCCAAACCAACCCGCUAUUAAUAUGAAGUUUAAGUGAGAGACCCACGUUGUUCGGUUUACGUUUUAAUUUUUUUUUUGGUUCGAAUUUUUGUUUUCGGGAAAAGAAAAAGAAUCCACCGGUGGCUAAGGGAAUACAAACACUGUUCCGCCAAGCAAAAAGAGACUGAGACUUGAGGAGAAUUGUGCAAACGAAAGAAAGAAAAACUAUUCUGUGAUUUUUGUUUUAAAACCCAAACGGCAAGAUGUUUGAUGUUUUUGGCUCCGUCAAGGGGCUGCUGAAGAUCGAUCAGGUCUGCAUCGACAACAAUGUCUUCCGCAUGCAUUACAAGGCGACGGUAAUCAUAUUGAUUGCCUUCUCAUUGCUGGUGACCUCCCGCCAGUAUAUUGGUGACCCCAUCGAUUGUAUUGUGGACGAGAUCCCCUUGGGUGUUAUGGACACCUAUUGCUGGAUUUACUCCACAUUUACGGUGCCAGAACGUUUGACGGGUGUGACGGGCCGCGAUGUUGUGCAGCCCGGUGUGGGCUCGCAUGUUGAGGGCGAGGAUGAGGUGAAGUACCACAAAUACUAUCAGUGGGUGUGUUUUGUGCUGUUCUUCCAGGCCAUAUUGUUCUAUGUGCCGCGCUAUUUGUGGAAGUCCUGGGAAGGUGGACGUUUGAAAAUGUUGGUCAUGGACCUGAACAGCCCCAUUGUCAAUGAUGAGUGUAAAAAGGAUCGCAAACGUAUUUUGGUCCAAUACUUUGUGGACAAUCUGAAUCGCCACAACUUCUAUGCAUUCCGUUUCUUCCUGUGCGAGGCCCUAAACUUUAUCAACGUCAUUGGCCAGAUUUAUUUUGUGGACUUCUUUUUGGAUGGCGAAUUCUCCACCUAUGGCAGUGAUGUCUUGAAAUUCACCGAAAUGGAGCCGGAUGAGCGCAUUGACCCCAUGGCCCGAGUCUUUCCCAAAGUCACCAAAUGUACAUUCCACAAAUAUGGUCCUUCCGGUUCGGUGCAGAAAUUCGAUGGUCUCUGUGUGCUGCCCCUCAACAUUGUCAACGAGAAAAUCUAUGUCUUCUUGUGGUUCUGGUUUAUCAUUUUGUCAAUUUUGUCUGGCAUCUCUUUGGUCUAUCGCAUUGCCGUUGUAAUGGGUCCCAAAUUGAGACAUCUAUUGUUGCGUGCCCGUUCCCGCCUGGCCGAAGUCGAUGAAGUGGAGGCUGUGGCCAAACAAUGCAACAUUGGCGAUUGGUUUUUGCUCUAUCAGUUGGGCAAAAACAUCGAUCCCUUGAUCUACAAAGAAGUGAUAGCUGAUCUCUCACACGAAUUGGGUGUUAAUACAAGUCUCAAGCAACGCAUGGAGCCCUAAGUGGGUGUGCCAGCAACGACGCCAUCAUCAACGAACACCACCAACCAACCUAACAACCAACCACAACAUGAAAUAUAUUACUAUGUGAGCUGCCUUCAGAGUAUCUGCCUUUGAAAAAAAAAAAAACUCUGCCAAUCAUUAAAGAUAAUAUUUUUUUAAAUGUAAUCUUAAACUAGAAGUGUGUGGCGAUAAUACUAAAAAAAACUGAAAAAUGAUAAUGAAUUUUUGAAAAAUAUUUUUGAUAAGACCAAUAUUUUCUAAAAAAAGGUUUACAAAAAUACAAAUUCCAUGUAAAUCAUAGAUGAGUAGCAACUACUUCUUUGUAAAUUACAAGAAAACGACACUCACACAUACAUACAAACAUAUGAGUAUUGUGAGGGAUAUAAACACUUUGAAAAGUGAUAAUAAUAAAUAUUCAAAAAAUAUUAUUAUUAUAUUUUCGAAAAUACAAAAAAAUGAAAUAAAAAUAUAUAAACAUAUAUACGGCAUGAUUUAUAUUUACCAUAUUUAUACAACAGCAACAAACAAAACGCAUAAAAAAGACAAUCUAUAUAACGAAAAAAAUAUUAUUUUUUUAAUAAUAAUAAUAAAAAUAAACUACAUAAUUAUAUUUGUAAUAAGAGUUGUGAUCAUUGAUUAAGCAAUCAAAUAAUUUUAGCAAUUUUAUUAUAUAGUUCUUUUUUUAUAUAGAAUUUAAAACAAAAUUAUUGAAAAAAAUAGAAAAAAGUAAAGAAAAAAAUACAAAAAAAAAAUAAAAUCAAUGAUUUUAGAGAUAUAAGGUUCUGUAUGGCGAAUGUCAAACAAGCCAGUCGAAUUGAAGACAAUCAUUAAAGAAUUUAACAUAAAAGUUCUGCAGAUUUGCAAUUCGUCAAAACAGAACUAGAUCCACCCUCUCCUCCAACACAUUAAUUUCUGUAACUUAUAUUUCCAUUUUUCAUUAGUUGCUAUUUAAUUAAACAAGACAGAAAGCAUUUAAUAUUUUUUUAUUUAAUUUCAAUUUUUUUAUUUCAAUUAUUUUGCAUUUAGUUUAAGCGCCAACUCAAAAAAACCCCACAACUUUAGAGAAUUUUUUUCUAACAAAAAUCUUAGUUCUAUGAAAAAAUAACACAAUUUUAGGAUCUUUCUUUUAUUUUUAUUUUUUUAAUAUUUAUAUAUAUUUUUUUGUCAUUUAUUUUAUUAUUA